AUGGAGCCUAGAAACUUGGAGAACUUGCGUGGCGAGCUGGAAACACUGCUCCAGAAGCGAGGAGUGCGGGGGGUCAGCGUCGCACUGAACGGGCCCGUCAGUCAUCUGGACCUGGCAGUCGGGACUUCGGAUGGCUUUGCGCCUCUGACACCUCGUCACUGGAUGGAGCACGCCUCGCUCAGCAAGACGGUGGCUUCUGUUUUCGCCACUCAAUACUUUACCGAGAAGGGCAUUGCAUUGACGGAGUCCGUCAACCUCCUUCUCGCACGCACGGCCUCCCCGUUUCGCUUGCGUGUCGCUGAGGGCAAGAUCCCGCAGGCAUGGGCUGAGUCCGUUCAGUUGCGGCAUCUCAUGGACCACAGCGGUUUGGGAAUGCACUAUGUGCAUGGUGUCCCACUAGACACAGACUUUCCAGCUGUCCUCUCGCUUAUUUCUGGGGAGCGACGGGAUCUUGGUUACGAGGCCAUCGAGGUCAGCAAGGAGCCAGGGGCAUGUUUUGGCUAUUCAGGUGGUGGUUUCCUGGUUUUGCAGCACCUCAUCGAGGAGAUGGAAGGCAAAGCCAUCGAGGCAGUGUGCCGCCCUUUCCUAGACGUCACGGGCCUCGGAGAUUUCAGCUUCGAUCCCAGAGCUCUGCCACGCGCUCAGAGCCGCUAUGCUCUUGGAUUCUCCGAUGCCGGGGAAGUCAUUGCACCACCCGUCGGCCGCUUGGCCUUUCCAGCUUUUGCUGCUGGCGGCCUAGGGACACCCCGAGCUCUGGCUAACUUCUGGGCCGAGCUCAUCGCAGCCUACUCAGAUCCUUCGGCAAAAGUGCCGAUCUUGCAUGCGACGGCUGUGGCCGUGCUGCGGGACCAUGUGCGUGAUCUUGGCUCAGUGGACUUCAUGGGCGCUUGCAUGGGCCUUGGGGUCUUCGUCAUGGAUGCCGGCCCGAACAAGGUGGCGGUGCAUCAGGCCGCAAACGAAGGAUUCCGGGGUGUCUACAUCGCUUGCUUUGAGGGUCCCGAUGCGGGCAAGGUGAUGGUAGUCCUCAGCAACGGAGACAACAACGCCACACUUCUCAAUGCAGAGGUGACACGCUUGCUUCUGUGCAGGUGGGGAUGGCAGGGCAUUAGCAUCGCUGCGCUGAAGGCAGAUGCCGACUUCGCUUUUGCAGGUAUCCCGCAGGAGCAGAUUGUCAACCAAGCAUACAAGGCACUCGUGUUUAGCGCUUUCGAACCCAGCCAGGCAGGGCGUGCUGGCUAG